AUGAUAACGCGGACCAACGCCACCGACGAUAACGUGAUCCCAUUAUCCGAUCCCGAAGCGAUCAUCAAGGCUGGAAACGCCGAAAAACGACGCAGUAAACAACUUGCCAACAGACCUAUCGCCCCUCUCCCUUCUACGUCAAUCACAGCGUCCGAGACCAUGUCGGACACAGUCCCUCCAUCCGGCGGCCAGGAACAACCAACCGCCGAUUCCACCCGUGACUCUGCCCGUACUGCCGACGGAUCCGAUAUGAGCACGGCCAAAGAAUGGUUCAAGGCCGUGCUCAAGAUCCAACAUUCGUCCAUCGUCCAAGCUCAGGAAGACCGCCGUCAAGCCUUGGAAGACCGCCGGGCUGACCGACAGAUGUUUCUUGCCGUUCAUCAAGCCAGCGCAGAUCGCAUCGGCCGACUGGAGGAUCUGCUUCUGGCAAUGAACGUCAAGAAUGAAGUUAAUGCCCGACCUACACAACCAACACCAGGUCGGGUCGACCUCCAAAAAUUCCGGACUUCGGACGGACCCACAUACCGCGGCCCCUUUCAGGAAACGGAGUCGUUCCUACGGUGGAUACACGGCGUACAAAUUUUUUUUGAAACGAAGGAUGUCUCCAACGCAGCAGACAAAAUCAAGAUAGUUGGCAACCUCAUCGCAGAAACGAACUUACAGUCGUUCUAUGCAAACGAGGCUGCGGGGUUCCUCACCAAGUCGUGGGGGGAAUUCAAGGCCCGAAUGUUUGAUUUUGCGCUCCCCACCAACUGGCGCUCGGGACUACAACGCCAGAUCCGCAAACUCGACAUGACAUCGACCGAAACUUUCCUCGAGUACAGCACGAGAGCUCGCACGUUGCAGAGUCUCUUCAAUUUUGACGCGGAGGUGUCGUCUAAACUUGGUGACCUACAGCUUGCCCAAUUCGUUGUUUACGGACUGAGCGACGCAUUACAAGACCGAAUCAACGAAAGGCAGCUCUUAGAGGUAGCUCCGUUCAAGUACGGCCCUUUUGAAAAACAGGCAAACGCUUCCUUCCUUACGUUACAACGCGCCACCGAUUCACCGACAGCCGCCAAGUCAGCCACUACUACAUCGCCGGCUCUGGGCCGCGACGAGUUCAUUUGGCGAGUCCAUGCGUACCUGGAUUCACAAGGACUCUGUCAUUUCUGCAAGAAACACUGUG